AUGGCAUCAUCAGCCCCUCUGUCCAAGGCCAACACCAGCUUCUGUCUGGAUCUGUUCAAGAAGCUGAGUGACAAGGACAAGGCAGCAAAUGUCUUCUACUCUCCAUUUAGCAUCUCCUCAGCCCUGGCUAUGGUGAUGCUGGGGGCCAGAGAAACUGCUGAAGACACUCAACAAGGCAGAUGCUCCGUACUCCCUCAGUGUUGCCAACAGACUGUACGGGGAGCAGUCCUCCCAGUUUGUAGAGGAUUUUUGGGAGCAACCAGGAAGCACUACGAUGCAGAGCUGGAGUCUGUGGACUUCAAAACCAGCCAUGAGGCGGCAAGACUUAACAUCAACACGUGGGUGGAGAAGCAGACUCAAGGUAAAAUUCAGGAUGUGCUGGCCCAGGGUGUGGUGGACAAAAUGACCAGGCUGGUGCUGGUGAAUGCCAUCUACUUCAAAGGCAACUGGAACAAGCAGUUUAAGGAGAGGUACACAGAAGAUGCUCAGUUCAGAAUCAACAAGAAUGAGAGUAAGCCGGUGAAGAUGAUGCAUCAGAAAACCAAGUUCCCUUACUCCUUCAUCUCUGAAUUCAACUGUCAGGUCUUGGAGAUUCCUUACAAAGGGGAGGAGCUCAGCAUGCUCAUCUUUCUCCCCAUGGAUAUAGACGACAGUUCAACUGGUCUGGAGAAGCUGGAGAAGGAGUUGACCUAUGAGAACUUUGUUGAGUGGACUCGUCCAGACACGAUGGAAAAAGAAGAGGUUCAAUUGGGCCUGCCUCGGUUCAAGAUGGAGGAGAAGUAUGACAUGAAGGAUGUCCUGAUCAGCAUGGGCAUGGUGGAUGCCUUUGAUAUGGCAAUGAGUGACUUCUCAGGCAUGUCUCCUUCCGAUGACCUGGUGCUGUCAAAGGUCGUCCACAAGGCUUUUGUUGAGGUCAAUGAGGUGGGAACCGAGGCUGCUGCUGCUACUGCUGUCGUCAUGAUGUUGGGCUCUUCUGGAAUGCCUCCAGUCAGAUUCAUUGCAGACCAUCCCUUCCUCUUCUUUAUCCGACAUAACCCCACAUCGAGCGUUCUGUUUGCCGGCCGCUUCUGCUCCCCUCAGUGAGAACUGCAUUGUUGAGCGUUUGAGAAACACGGCUCUAGAGUCUGAUCCCAUCCCAAGUUUCCGUCCAAUAUUUCCAGCAUCAUGAUGAUGAGGACAAACUAUUAUUUUGGAUUUUUUGGAACUGUGGCUCUCGUCUGCCUCACUUCUCACAUGAGUGAUUGUGUUUAUCCUGAACACAAGCUCUCUGCUCUGCUUUAACAUUGCACCCAAUCUGUUCUUGUUCAGAGUUUGGUCAGUUUAUCCCUUUAAUACACAUUUGGCCCUCUUUGCUGCAGCAUCUAUACCAUUACAGUGUAAUUUGUUAUCCUAUACCUUAGACUUUGGAAGAAUUUGCCUUGAUCACAUUUGUUAUGCCUUUCUAAGCUGGCAGCACAGAGGUCAACUGUACCUGUAGACCAGUUAAAUUACUUGUCAAACCUACAAGGACACAAAGAAGAAGAUCACCCAACUGAGGGCCCUUAGACCAUGCUGGGAAAGUGGGAAAGCAAAGACUGUGUUAUGCAUGGACAGCAAGUAAAAUGGCAAAAGAGAUGAGGGGAUUGAAGAGGGAAGGUUAAGGCCUGCACACAAUACUCUGUUCCCAAUAUAUACAGAUGGCUCAAAGGAGCCAAAGAAUGGAAGGACAAGGUUUGCUUUUGUUGUCCCAGAGUUAAAUAUAAUAUAAAGGAAAGAACACCAGAUCACCUGACAAUAUAUAAAGUUGUGAUGUUAGCAAUAACAAUGGCAUUACAGUGGUUCAAAGAUGUACCAGACUAGGCUGAACAUGGUAGGUGUCUAAUUAUCUCAAUGUUCAAUUUUGUAAUGUAUCGCAGACACCAACUCAGGAUGCUUGGUGAUCUGUAGCCGCAUGUGGAGGGAAUGGAACCAGCUUGAGGUCCAUGUGGCUCAACAUGACUGAAGUAUUUUUAGAGGGGUGAUCUUUAUUCAGUUACUGUUGGGUUACAAAUAUUCCUUACAACUGUAUCAAAGAAUGGACAUAUUGCCUGCGUUUCAUGUUAGUACUGUAUUUUAUAGUUCUGUGUACAUGGUAUAUGUAUCUGAUCUCAAUACAUGUAAAUGCAACAUUGUGAAAGAGUGGCCUUCUAGUUUAUGUGAUUAUACAGGAAUAUAAUCUUGUCAAAUUCUUUUUAGGCAAUUCAGAAACAUUUGCAUGUUUUAAAAGGUUCAUCAGCUCAUUGUCAAGACUUCAAGAUGUCAUUUUAUGGAUUUUUGGAUUUUUACACAUGGAAUAAAAGUGUGAUUCUCAAA